GGCUGGCCUGCGCCCAGCACAUAACUCUGGGCGGUUGCAGUCUGGGGCAGCAGACAGCCGGCCGCUCGGAGCUGAACUGGCAGCAUGAAGGCCCUCCUGGCCCUGCCGCUCCUGCUGCUCCUCUCCACGCGGCCCUGCGCCCCCCAGAUCUCGGGGAUCCGCGGAGACGCUCUGGAGAAGUCUUGCCUUCAGCAGCCCCUGGACUGCGACGACAUCUACUCCCAGGGCUACCAAGAGGAUGGCGUGUACCUCAUCUACCCUUCGGGCCCCAGCGUGCCUGUGCCCGUCUUCUGUGACAUGACCACUGCGGGCGGGAAGUGGACGGUUUUCCAGAAGAGAUUCAAUGGCUCGGUGAGUUUCUUCAGGGGCUGGAAUGACUACAAGCUGGGCUUCGGCAGAGCCGACGGGGAGUACUGGCUGGGGCUGCAGAACAUGCACCUCCUGACGCUGAAGCAGAAGUACGAGCUACGAGUGGACCUGGAAGACUUUGAGAACAACACAGCCUCUGCCAAGUAUGCCGAAUUCUCCAUCUCGCCCAAUGCGGUCAGUGCUGAGGAGGACGGCUACACCCUCUACGUAGCAGGCUUCGAAGACGGCGGGGCAGGCGACUCCCUGUCCUAUCACAGUGGCCAGAAGUUCUCUACCUUCGACCGGGACCAGGACCUCUUCGUGCAGAACUGUGCGGCCCUCUCCUCGGGAGCCUUCUGGUUCCGCAGCUGUCACUUCGCCAACCUCAAUGGCUUCUACCUGGGUGGCUCCCACCUCUCCUAUGCCAAUGGCAUCAACUGGGCCCAGUGGAAGGGCUUCUACUACUCCCUCAAGCGCACCGAGAUGAAAAUCCGGCGGGCCUGAGGGGCUGGCCCCCCUCAGGCUCCAACCCUUGCCUGGCUGCCCCAGGUCUCCACCAGUGCUCCCUCUGCCGCCCCUGCCGCACCCCAGGGCCCAAUACGCUGGUUCUGCUGCUCUCUUAGCACCUGCUUCUCACAGGGGGCCUGUGGCUCUAGGCCUAACUGAUCCCGUCGCAGCCAGGGCCUCCAUCUCUAAGCCAGCCCUCUGCUCCCCUCCACCUGAGGCUCAGAUGCCAGCAGCUUCCCAGGCCUCCUGACAGGCACAGCCAUUGACCUGGACCUGGCUGGGCUCCGUGAGACUAUCUCAAAGGCUGAGAGCCAACAGCUGCUCUCCCAGGCUAUAGGCUUUUGUGUUCCACCUUAGACAGCUUCCUUACUGUGGACUCCUCCAUCUGGGGCCACCCUAGCAUGCUAGACUGAGCUGGUACAGUCUGACCGACAGCCACAGUGUGCACCAGGCCACCUGCGUGUAGCCACCACUGCCACACCCCAGGACUCUCCCUGGCUGUUCUCAGAGUUCUCUCACUCCCAUCCUUCGCCUCCCUCUCACCAACUUAUUCCCCAAUGGUGAGCACCAUGGACCCCCAGUGAGAUAGUCCAUCUCACUGUCAUACUCAGCUUCCCCUGCCUGCCUGUCCCAGGCCCCCAAAGCUCAAUACCAACCUCUAUUUCCCAACAGCUACCGCACCACCCUAAAACAGCCGUAACCGAGAUAGGCAUAGAUAUGAGGUCCCCCUACCCGCCCCGGGGUUGAGUUUGCCCAUGUGAGGGGGCAGAGGACCACCUCUGUGGGGCUGGAAACGGGUGGGGACUGGAGGUCUCAAUAAACCUCAGGACCUUAA